CAGCCGCUCGCUCGUGUAGCUGAAUGCGCCGCUCAUUGUUCGCUUCGCCGUUCCUCUGCCGUUUCCGCGGAUCGAUCGAUCAGUGAUCGGGAUUUCUCAUGGAUCUAUCGAUGUGAAGACGCUGUCACACGCGGCUGAAGUUCAGAAGUGAUCGAGCGGAGCGGCAGGAGGCAAACAUGCGGUCGCAGGCCUUGUUGCUGUAUUUCACGGUGCUGCAGACGGCCGGAGCCGCUUUCCCAGAAGACACCGAGCCAAUCAGUAUUUCACACAGCAACUAUACCAAACAAUAUCCAGCGUUCGUGGGACAAAAACCGGGAAGGAACAACACGCAGCGGCACAAACUGGACAUUCAGCUGAUCGUCAUCAUGAACCACACUCUCUAUGUGGCCGCCAGGGAUCACAUUUACACGGUGGACAUCGAGACGGCCAAUGCGGAGGAGAUCUUCUUCAGUAAGAAGCUGACGUGGAAGUCCAGGCAGGCCGACGUGGACACCUGCAGGAUGAAAGGCAAACACAAGGACGAGUGCCAUAACUUCAUCAAGGUCCUGCUGCAGCAGAGCGACGACUCUCUGUUUGUGUGCGGAACCAAUGCCUUCAACCCGUCCUGUCGGACCUACAAGAUGGACAGUCUGGAUGCCGUGGGCGAUGAGAUCAGCGGAAUGGCGCGCUGCCCAUAUGACGCCAAACACGCCAACGUGGCCCUGUUCGCCGAUGGGAAGUUAUACUCGGCCACGGUCACGGACUUCCUGGCGAUCGAUGCGGUGAUCUACCGCAGUCUGGGUGACAGCGCCACCCUCAGGACGGUCAAACACGACUCUAAAUGGCUGAAAGAGCCGUAUUUCAUCCAGGCGGUCAACUAUGGCGAGUUCAUCUACUUCUUCUUUCGGGAAAUCGCCAUGGAGUACAACAGCAUGGGGAAGGUGGUGUUUCCGCGAGUGGCUCGCGUGUGUAAGAACGACCGCGGCGGCUCUCAGCGAGUGCUGGAGAAACAGUGGACUUCUUUCCUGAAGACGCGCCUCAACUGUUCCAUCCCUGGAGACUCGCACUUCUACUUCAACAUCCUGCAGGCCGUCACCGACGUCAUCCACAUCAGCGGCCGCGACGUGGUCAUGGCCACCUUCUCCACGCCGUACAACAGUAUCCCGGGAUCAGCCGUCUGCGCUUAUGACAUGGCGGAGAUCUCGGCGGCCUUCACCGGACGCUUCAAAGAGCAGAAGUCACCAGAUUCCACCUGGACCCCCGUCCCCGAGGAAAAGGUGCCCAGACCCAGGCCAGGCGUCUGCGCAGGAUCUUCCUCUGGAGAGAAAUUCAAAGUGUCCAACGAGUUCCCGGAUGAAACGCUGAACUUCAUCAAGCUUCACCCACUGAUGGACGAAGCCGUUCCUUCCAUCGCCAAUCGGCCGUGGUUCCUCAAGACGAUGGUCCGAUAUCGUCUGACUCGUAUAGCCGUGGAUAACGCCGCCGGCCCUCAUCGCAACCACACCGUGGUUUUCCUGGGAUCGGAGCGAGGAAUCGUGCUGAAGUUCCUGGCCAAGAUGCGGAGCGGCUUCCUGAACGACAGCCUGUUUCUGGAGGAGCUGAGCGUCUAUAACCCAGAGAAGUGCAGGAUUGACGGCGUGGAGGACAAGCGUAUCAUCAGCAUGCAGAUCGACCGCAGGAGUCACUCUCUGUUCGUGGCCUUCACCUCAUGCGUGGUCAAAGUCCCGCUGUCCCGCUGCGAGCGGCAUGGCAAGUGUAAAAAGUCCUGUAUCGCCUCCAGGGACCCCUACUGCGGCUGGGUGUCAGAGGGCGCCUGUAAAGAAAUCUCAUCGGACUCGAAAUGGCCGUUCGAGCAGGACGUGGAACAGGGCAACACAGAUGGACUGGGCGACUGCCAAAAUUCGUUCGUGGCUCUCAAUGAGCAUCAGCGCAGGCAGCAGGGUGUGAGUGAUAUUACCCAGAAUGCUGCACGCGGCCUCCUCACCACCGUCCCUCCUCCGGCCCCCAGGGGCCCACUGCUCCGGGGCCGCAUGGUCAAGCCGAAGGAGGCAGAGCCGCCGGGUGAUCAGAGUGACCCGUAUGUGUCCACUCCUUCAGACACGCAGCAGGAGAGCGCCGGGGUGAUCCGUGAGACGUACCACCGAGACCGCGAUCAGAUGGUUCCCGUCACGCUCCUGGCCAUCGCCGUCAUCCUCGCCUUCGUCAUGGGCGGCAUCUUCUCCGGCAUCGUGGUCUACUGCGUGUGUGACCACCACCGCCGGCGGGACUUCGAGCUGCCCGGCCGCAAAGAUAAGGACUCGGUCCAGUCCCGACGGGGCUCCAUGAACAGCGUCACCAAGCUGACGGGGCUCUUCGAGACGCAAGCCAAGGACGGACGGACAGAAGCCAUUCUGACCCCGCUCAUGCACAACGGCCGCUUGGCCAACGGCAAGAUGCUCAUCAAAGCUGACCAGCACUUGGAUCUGACCGCUCUGCCCACGCCCGAAUCCACGCCUAUGCAGCCGCGGCGCAAACCCAGCCGAGGCAGCCGCGAGUGGGAGCGCAACCAGAACCUGAUCAACGCCUGCACCAAAGACUUGCCCUCCAUGGGCUCUGUGGUCAUCCCGACGGAUUUGCCUCUGCGGGCGUCUCCGGGCCACAUCCCAAGCGUGGUGGUGCUGCCUUUGCCCCAACACCAGCAUGAGUAUGUAGAGCAACCGCACCGAGGAGAGCUCGCCAUUGACCAGGCCGCCACGCUGGAGUACAAGUCCCUCAAGAGCCCAAGCUUGGCGGAUGGCGAGAGAGCGCCUCCAAGAGUCCCCCAGCGAGAGGCGUCUCUGAGCGCCGUGAUCCCGCCGGCCGUCCCGCAGAUGGGCAAGAGGCUGGAUGUGCAUUCGUCCGUAUACAGCCGCGGCUAUCCCAUGAGCUCGGGCUUCAAGAAACAGCACAACACCAACUCGUCCAACUCAUCCCACAUGUCCAGGAACCACAGUUUCCGUGUGGAGACGCCUCCUCCGCCCGCUCCGCAGCGGGUGGACUCCAUGCACGUCACCUCUCCGCCGCCAAUCCUCGGUCUGUCGCGCCAUCCCAGCCUGAGCUCAUACGGCUCUCUCCCCAGGCAUCUCAAGCCUGACGUCCCUCCUAAACCGAAUCUGGUGUCCCUUUCCACAAAAGCCAAGUCCGGGGACUACUGCACAUAAUCGAUCGCUGCGGAAUCAAAGACGGGGAACGUGAAAGUGCGUCUGCUUUGUGCAGCUGUGUACAGGAAAUGCAACUCACUUUUUUGUUUUGUUUUGUAUAUUUUGUAAUACAUGUCGAGCUCAGGCUGAUGAUGGCGAACAUCUGGGGCAACUCUUGGAGAUUUCGUCCGGUGGCAGCAUAGUUGCCGAUGGUCAUUUUCUGCCAAAAGCACUUCGGAGACGGGCGCAGAAGCUACGAGAGACGCCCCGGUUAUCAAGCACUUGGUCACACAGCGAGUUCAGACGGGAACAGCUGCUGGAGUUUACUUUGGGAAAACUGUGAAAAGCCGCCGCCUGUCUCGGUGUUACUGUUACUGGACAAAGCAAUCGAGUUCUGCCUUCGUGCAAGAGUUCAACACGUCUACUGAAACUGUUGACUAAAUAACACGUGACUGUUAAUACUAAUAGCAGGUUGUAUUUAUUUUUUAAUAAAGUGCUUUUGCAGAAAGAGCGUCUCUUUUAGGCUCAAAUGAGAUGGGAGCGAUCUUUUUAAUUUGAAUUAAUCAAGUGUGAAAUUAUUUAAAGUCAUUCAACUGGAGCCAGCAGCCCUUCUUUCCACUAACUCUUUGGACGUUGCUAAACAAAGUCAGAGACGAGGGAAGCCUCCGUAUGGAAGGAACAAUUCUCGAGCCGUGCCAGAGGGGCUUGUGGGUAGAGCUUACAGGCCACAGACAGGAACUCCUGAAUCUCACCUCUUCAUCAUCACCUUCUGAAAUCCGCCGGUCCAUCCGAGUGCCAUUCAAGAUGCUUUCAAUCGUACGGUUUUCUCGUCCCGUCCACACACGACCCUUUCGUCGAAUCAUUUCAGCCUGUUUUUCUCCUUCCACCUGUAAAUUUGUGCCUUACACCCCUGAGUAGUGAAGCGUUUGUUAGCUGUUAACUGUCGUAGUUCUUAUGAUGACGUUUGUUUCCCUCGUUUGAUUAAAAAAGGAAACAAAAAAAACACGUAAGUGAAGAAUGUAGGUGUUGUUGUUGUCGACUCUGGUCCCUUUGCUAACCAUAAAUGUGACCCUGGACCACAAAACCAGUCAUAAGGGUCCAUUUUUCCAAA